AUGGCCGAGGUCGACGCCCUCACGGCGGCGAGACGGGCGCGCCAGCGGCGCAGGAAGGAGCUCCAGCGCCACGGCCAAGCGGUGCUUCGAAGAGUCCUCGGCGUCGCAUUGCUCUCGGCGGCCGCGCUGUUGUACGGCGCUUCGUCAAACUACACGUCUCACAAAGACAAGGAAUUUGGCAGCGGUGCGGGCAUGCUUUAUGGAGUGGGCGUCGUCGCUUUGCCGGGCACGAUCGUGGGCCUGUACGUGGCCUACGGGCCCGGGAACGCCAUGUCUCGGUCCGCUAGAGGUUUCGCCGUGCUCGUCGUCAUCCCGGCGUUGGGCGUGCUAGGCAUCGUACUUAACCUUGUGCUCACGCAACAAAUGGACAGAGAAACUAGAAAUUUUGGAGUAUUUUUUGGCUCGUUUGCUGCCGUGCUGGCGGGCUUGGCUAUCCACCUGACCUGGUCGUUAGUUGCUGCCGCGAAUUCCUCUUCUCGAGUGCCUGGUGCGGCCGCGGGCUGGCUCGGCACCUGGAUUUGUGUACUGAUAAUGGCUCCCUUGGGCGUCGCCGGCCCCCUCAUUUUAUUCAGGAAGAACGGUAGGGUACUGCACCAGUGGUUCGGCGUCGUGUCGCCGGACGACGAGGAGCAUUCUGCAAAGCCGCCGCUGCAGCUCCUACCGGCUCUGUUGGUGCCCUGCGUCGCGUUGUUAGUAUUAGUGCACCCGCUCGUGCGAGUGACGGUCCUACGAUGGCCCGUCUUCGCUGACGGGACCGUCCCUUCCUUACGACACGCGCCAUCGCGAUGCGGGUGUUUAAGGAAACCUUUUGACGCCUUGGAUGCGAUCCUAUGCUCGUCCUUUGUUAUUUUUGCGGCGUCGUGCUACUAUGAGGAAAUGAGUGUACCUCUGAGACUAGCCGGCGCUUCAUUAGCUCUAGUGACGCCGUGGACCGCAGCAGGAGCAGCUAGAAUAGGCGCCUUCUCCGGCUCGACGGACGCCGUCUGGCGGCGCGCGACCUCGAAGUUCGUGGCUCCUGGUUUAGUGUUAGGUUUGAUCGGUCUCAGACUUGGGAGAAAAAGCACGUGGUUCGGACCAUUAUCAAGGGUCUGCUUCGGCGCCGCGGCCGUUGCCGCGUUGGCACUCGCAGCAAGAUUAACGGUUGAGAGGGCCGACGACGCCACACGCGUGCGGAGAGCGACGGCCUUCGCCGCAAUUGGGAUAAUGCCGUGGUGGCUCUGCGUCGUGGGCGAAGUUGACCUGCAGUCGCCGACGUUACGGGGAGCGUUUAUCGCGGCCCUGCCCUCCAUCCUUGCGGGGAUACGAGCGGCGCGCGACACGGCGCCGCCGCCCAGACGCCUGGACAUGCUCCGGGCACUUCCACACCUGUUGCUCGUGGCUAUUGGUAGCUACGUCGGCAUCGUUCUAGCUUUGUCUCGUUUGAAGGCGGGCGGCGCCGGGGUGUUGUUUGCGACUUUUGUGAUCGCGCCCUUUUGUACGAGGGUCGGCCUGGAUACCGAGCGGAAAGUCCGAAAGUACCGCGGGUUGACGCCUAGAACGUGGUUACUCGUCGUUGGUAUUACUCCAGCUCUGGUUAUUAUCAUACUAACUCUAAUCAGAGUCUUCUUCACGUCCACCACGCUGACGGACGCCCUUCAAUCUCUGUUAGAGUUCAAGCGCAAUGACCUGACAGACGAAGUCCGGGCGGGCUGCGCUUGGUUGUUUAUUGCCGUACCCUGCACUACUGUUGGGUGGGAUACCGUAGAAAAAGCAGCGGAACGGUGGCGAAGAACGGCAAGAGCGCAGCUGCCCGAUCGGCCGGGCUACUAUGAUGAGCUUUUGGGCAGCGAGGACUCGAGAGUCCACGAGACGCAGGCGCGACGACGGUGGUCGACGAUCAACGCCGCCAUCCGGGCGGGCGCCAUCUCACAAACUGAUGAAGUGGUAGAAACGAAACUCCAGUCCGACUACUGGGACCACGACAUCAAAGCGAGCGAGGCGGCGCCGGCCUUCGGGGGGAUGUUGUGUUGCCUCGUGCUGGUGCCGUUUGGUGUCUUGGCACCCUUGUUCUUUUUGGUCGAUGGACCGACGGUGUUGCUGUUAAACAAGUCGCGGUUGAUGGGUGCGCUCGUAUUAGCUGUGUUCGUCUUUGUGACGGUACUCACGACAGCCGCCAACGCGUCCAUGGACCGCAUCAAGACCGAAAAGAAGUCGAAGUUAGCUGGUCAUGCUUUACGACUAGCUUUACGGGCUAACAGUGUGGUCGCGGACGGGAAUUGUGCGAGACAGUUGUUUGAUGUCCGGCACCACCACGUCGAGAUGGCUACCGCGGCGUUACGUCGUAGGCCGGACGCCGGUAAUGCGCGUAAUGGCAGGCCGCUCACCGAGAGGCAACACUCUAGAGUGCAAGACGCGGCAGAUAGAGCGCUAUUGGAUGACCUGAAACGGAGCGAAUUACGCUACGAGAAUGUGGUCGAUGCCAGUCAAAAGGCUUUGGCUGAGGUGAGUCAGCCGUCUACCGGUUUAGAUGCUCUCAAACUAAGAAGGAGAAAUGCGCACGCGUCCUACGAAUUGUUAAUAAGGGAAGACCGCCUGCUGCAGGACGAGGGGUUGUACUACUGGCGCCCGACGGAGAAGGACGAACACAGCAUGUCUAUCAUCAAUCUACCGGUCUUGAUCGAUACGAUAGCGAAGCAGUACGCGCACGACCAUCUAAUCGCCGAGGCCCACGCGCGAAAACGGAGGAAGCGCCAAGAACAGGAGGAGAAGCACCACACGCCGCGCGACGUGUCUCUGCAAAUCGAACUGCCGUCGUGCCUGAAGUGCGCCCGGAAGAAGCGCGACGCUCCUGUACAUGUCGAAGAAAAACGAGUGGACCCCGCGACGUUGAAACUGCGAAACGAAGCGCGCGUGGCCAUCGACGCCUGCGAGCAAUUAGCAGAGCAAGAAGGCCUCGCGGAUCAAAGGCGUAAGAGGCCGUGGUCCGCUUCGGUACUGAGGGAAGCCGUGACGGGUGCUUUGAUGGGUGGUCUCGACGACUUCCUCCAGCCCCUCGUGCAGCUGGAGGAGCGCCUCGUCGCGCGCGCUAGGUGGGGGUUACUUUGUGACGCUCUACCUGUAUUAGUAGAAAGGCGGUGGUCGCUCACACCAAUGCCGCCCAAAUCAACAAUGAAGUACAGGGCCGCUCUGCUCCCGCGAGCCUACAAGGCUUAUGUACCGAUGACCGAGGACUCGUGGAGGACGUUUUUAUCUGAUGCUGAUGUGUUAGAGAACGGCAUCGCUACUUUGAAGGCUGAGUUGGUGUUUGCAGCUCUGGCACAGAAGGGUGAAAUGGACUACCGCUCCUUCCGCCAGGCGAUGCGGCAGGUCGCCGUCGCUCUAUAUCCCCAACUCCCGGAGGCCGAUGCGCUUAAGUUGUUGGGGCAGAAGCAUGUGUUUCCUAAAGUUAAGUUGGCUCCGGAACGAGAGGCUUCCGAUUUACUCCCCUACCAACCGGAGUCCGACUCGCCGCGCUUGCUGGAGUUACUUAAGCGAGAAGGAGGCGUGGUAAGGGACCCGGCCAAGCGGAAGGCUUCCGUCGAGACGCUGCGACGGGCCAUCUCGUCUCAAGUGAUUGUGAAUGAGAAUGACCAUUGCUCGGAGCUCGCGGCGAAGGCGGGUUCGACGUAUGCUCGCAAGUUGGACAUCGCCCGUUCCGCGUGUUCGGAAGCGCGCGAGGCGGUCCUGAAGGCGGUCGAGAAGAGCAAUAGUGAUAGACGGCCGAAGACGCCUCCGGAAGAGGUGGUCGUGCUGUCGCCGGAAGAGGCCCUGGCCAAGGCCGAGCAGGAGAAGAAGGAACGGCAGGAGAAGCGCGAGAAAUCGUAUUAUUGGAGACUGAGGAAGAAGCUACAUGAUGCGUGGAAAGCUAGGGACGAAAAAGACGAGGCGGAACUCGAGUUAGAAUUAAUGCGAAUAGGUGUUGAGACGAGAGGUGACCGUCCGAAGGACUGGUCCCUGAUCUCCGAGAAAGUCGUCGAGACGUUACGCGUCUCGGCGGACCACGAGCGACGAAGAAGUAAUGAAUUCACGGAGUCGGCGGUGAGGUUCGUGUGGAGCGUGGACAAUGCCUUUGCCGUUUUCGACUUGUUGAUGGAGUGGUUCACGUUUUCAUCUUUGGGAUUGAAGGGUGCCGCCGGUGUGGCCUGGGGGAUGGAACGGCGAUGCACCUUCACAAAAAGAGGCUGCAACGACGUGGUAGAAGAUUCGGCACCGAAGGGUUUGCUCAAACUCGCGGCGAACGCGCCGUUGUUGACGGUCGAUUCCCUGCGGACGAUGCAGCUGUUUUGGAUUAGUUGUAUCUUCUGCUGUGCCGUGCCUUUGUAUCUGAUGCCGGCCAUAAGACAAGCUAGAGAGCAGACGUUGGGUCUCGGCGAGGGCGGCAAGAAGCUCUCGCCGUUUAGCAAGGCGGGUUUGUACUUCAACGGCAUCAAGAUAGUCUCGGCGGCUGUCGCUCCGGUCAUGACGACGCUGUUCUCUGCUUUUGUGUGCGACACGUGCGAGCCGUCGCCUCGCUACUUGUCGCGGAUGUCCGUGCGAUGCGGCUCGGCAACACACGUCGUCUAUUUGGUUUGCGGGUUAUUGGCCGCAUUGGCGUAUUAUCCUCUUAUUGCUUACUUACAGCCCCAAUUACAAUUCAAGUCGAAAUCGCUCGAUCUGAAGUUCGAGCCCACUUACUUGGUAUUGGUGGCCCAGACGAAACUAUCCUUAGCAGUGGUCGUGAACUUCUGGUCCGAGGACCGAUCUAGGAGGUGCGGCGAGGGCGUGACCGCGUCGCAACGGCUGACGCAGGGGGCGCAGCAAUUGGGCAUCGCGGCGGUGUUGUGCGGCUUUUUAGCUUAUAGAACCUUACAAUCGAGGCCGUGCAUCGUCGCCGAGUUCAACGUGGCCAGGUUCGCGUUACUUUCCGCGGCGGCGCUGUUUUUGGUCGCUUCGUUGAUAUGUGAUGGCUUACAACGGGGUUUGAGUGUUGGUAUGGACCUGGCCCGUUUUAUAUCAGCGGGGCUCUGGCUGCUUGCCGUGGUGGUCGUCGGUUGGGUGUCCCGGCGGCGGCUGAGGCGCAUCGAUGAAGAAAGGCUGGCGGCGGCGAAGGACGACGACGACGGGGAGGAUCCCGUGUUGAUGACGUAGGCGUCGGUGUAAGAGGUUGUGAGUGAUCUUCGUUUCCAGAGAACCCCCCCCUCCAAGCUCUUACCCUAGCCCCUCUAGCCUCCCUUCAAGACGCGCAAUCACGAAACCCGUUUUGUCAUGCAAAGAAAAAAAAAACACGCGCGCGUGGCCGCUACGCGCCUUAGUACGCUCUCACGCAGAUGAUCAUCACAAACUGCGCCGCCUGCGCCAAGCCCAUCGAACACGACGACGCGUCAUGGAGAUGCGUGGGUUGUCAAACUAGAUACUGCAGUGAACGCUGCGAACGCUACGACCGGCGGCGCGGCGGGCACGGCAAAAUUUGUGGCGCGAUCGCAAGCGGUGGCGGCGCCGAACAAUACCACGCCGACAAAAAAUACGAGGAGGCCGUCGCGGACGCGGUCGAGGAGUGCGCGGAGGACACCGAAGGUCAGACGUGCUACAUCUGUCUGGAGGACGGCUCGGAGGAAGGCCUCGUUCGUGGGUGCUCGUGCCGCGGGGGGUCGGGCUUUGCGCACGUGUCGUGCUUGGCGAAGCAAGCGAAGAUUUUGAUGGAUCAGGCCGAGGAGAACAAUCUCCGCGGCAACGAGUUUGAUGCGAAGUGGGAGCGGUGGCACAAGUGUAGGUUGUGCGGGCAAGAGCACCACGGCGCCGUGCGGUGUGCGCUUGGAUGGGCGUGCUGGAAAACGUACGUGGGCCGGCCGGAGGAGGAUGAUACUCGGAGGAUGGCGAUUAACCAGCUCGCGAACGGUUUACAAGUUUCAGGACACCAAGAGCACGCGUUGUCCGUGCGAGAGGUCGAGUUGGCCACUGAGGAGCGCUUGGGUGCAUCACCACUGAGGACGCUGGCCACACGAAGCAAUUUGGCUUUGAGCUAUUACCACCUCGGGCGGAUAGAGGAUGCCUUACGUCUCCAGCGAGAGGUCUACACAGGGUGGCAGAUUCUGAGUCUCUCAAGCCAAUUGCGAGAGGCGGUUGGCGAUUGUCUUACUAUCUCUGUCGGCAACCUAACAGAAAUAUUGAUCGCUGCGCGCGAGUUUGAAGAGGCGCAAUCGUUGGCGCGCGAAAAACUCCCCGCGAUUAUAGAUCGCCAUGGACCCGACGACAUUUUGACUCUCGAGGUUCGGACUUGGUACGCGCGGGCUCUUUUCUUUGAAGGCGAGGAGCUUUCCGAGGCCGAGACGAUUCUCGAGGAUGUUCUGCGUAGAUCAAAGCGGGUCUUGAGCGACUCCCAUCCGGACACGGAGCGGGCUCGGAAGUUUCUGGAGGAGGUGCGGAGCGCGCGCGCGGACGCGGCCGAGGAGUCGUAG